AUGAUGAAGAUCCUACUUCUUGUCUCCUGCCUUGCGGCACUGUCUGCCGCUGAACUGUUCCAGAUCAAGGUGCUCAUCGAGCGACCCGACACUUAUUCUAGCCUGGUCGCGGACCUCGACGAGCUGGAAAGAACCCACUUCCGCGUAUCACGCGGCUUCUCGGCCAGUGUCGACGUCGAGGGCGUCUACUGCCAGGCCUUCAGCGGGCCGGUCGGACGAGACGAGCUGGGAGGUGUCUUUACUGCUGGAGAAACGGCCGUGUUCACGGAAAGCGACUCGGAGCCGGUAGAGAUCGGGUCCUUCCUAUGUUCUCGAGACAUGGACAACCUGGAGGGACCUGGCCUGCGAGCGCCGACGGAGGACGAAGAGGCAGACUCGGGCAAGGAGACGGCGUCCACGGCGGUGGUGCAGUUUCGAACGGGCUUCGCCGACUUUACCAAGGACGAGGUCCCGCUCAACGAGCUCUUCGAGACAGGGCCGUCCAAGCUGGGCGGCAGCAUUAUCGAGGCCAUGGUGGUGUCUACGGGAAACGGGGUCAAGUGCCAGCUCUUCGGGGACGCGCAGGGCGAGCAGAAGCUGGGAGACGCCUUUUCCACGAUGGAGGUGUCCUUUGGGAGGGAGCCCGUCACCGUGGGCGCCAUCAGAUGCCAGCCGUAA